AGGCAAGGCUCGUCCGUAGUCGAGUUCCUCCUCAAGGAGCCGCAGACCUUCUCCGUGCGCGCGAUCACGCGUGACCCCUCGUCCGCAGCCUCGAAGACGCUCGCCGCGCGCGGCGUCGAGGUCGUCAAGGCGGACCUGUCCUCGCUCGACGAGACCGCCGCCGCGUUCGCGGGCGCGUGGGGCGUGUUCGGGCUCACGCAGUUCUACGUGCACGGGUUCGACGGCGAGCAGCUGCACGGGCGCAACAUCGUCGACGGCGCGGUGCGCGCGGGCGUGAAGCACCUCGUCUGGAGCACCGUCGAGGGCCGCGAGGGCGAGUGCGGCGCGAUCUCGUGGCGCAGCAAGGCGCUCAUCGAGGACCGCGUCAUCGCGAGCGGUAUCCCGUACACGUUUGUGUACAUCCCGAUGUACUAUGAGAACUUCUGGACGAGCUUCUUUGCGCCGAGCUACGACGCGGAGAAGGGCUUCAACUGGUCCGUCGGCUUCUUGCCCGACGUGCCCAUCUUCGCGUUCAGCGUCGCGGACAUCGGCGGGCUGGUCGUUCCCGCCUUCCGCGAGCCCGAGAAGUACACCGGUGCGAAGAUCAAGACCGUAGUAGAGUACCUCACCCUGCGCGACCUCGCGACGCAGUUCUCGGAGGUCACGGGUGAGAAGGCGAGCCUCGCGCUCGAGCUCACCCCGGAGCAGUUUGAGGCGUCGCGGUACGCGGACCACCCCGCGGCGGAGCUCAUGUACCUGUCGUGGGAGUACGUGAAGCGCGCGGGCCCCGAUAGCGGUGUUAGGGUAUGUGUCGUCGGCGAGUGUGCGUUGGCAGUGUCCGGCGUGUUUAUGCUUUGUUGUGAUCUAGGACCAGAAGCAGACGUUAUCGAUAUACCCGCAGGCUAA